ACUUCUAGUCAUCAAAAUUGGACAAUACACACAAGAUAGAAUAAGAGUGACGUCUGGAGCUGGGCCGCCGUUGGUCUGGACUCCAAACUGCUUGUAGUCGCCCGCUGUCUUUGGGUCGUUGUUUCAUAGUCAGCCAACCCACUGUUUCUGCUCCGAUCCACAGAAAAAUUAACCAACAAAAAACAAACAAACCUUAUUUAUUUACUUAUAAUAGAUUUCUUUUCACACACACUCAAUUCAUUUCCUCGCAUAAUUCAUCAUCUCCAUAAUUAAUUUUAAAAAACCCGUAAAGAAUGGCAUCCGAGAUUUCGAAGAAUCGCAAUUCACAAAGCGAAGCUGCUGCUACGACGUCGUCAGUGACAAGCCAGCUUCAUCUGUCCAAGUCAUCCUCUGCUCCAUCCUCGGCUCUUGACAGAGACGCUGUUCUCAGCCGUCUUCGCCACCACAAGCGUGUCCAGACGGUUCGCAGAAAACUGAAGGCGGUGUUCGGAAACCCUCCGCCGCCGCCCUCCGCCGCGGAAUCGACUGACACUUCGUCGGCCUGUGAAGAUAACAAGUGGCUGCAGUUGAGUGAUGUCUUCUUCUCCCCGUAACAUUCAUAGAUUCCCUGGUUGGGAUGAGGCCGGCAGCAUUGGAUGCUCAGAAUUUCUUAGAGUGAUAAAAGAUUGUAUAAUUACUUUGGAAUAAUUAAAGAUAUCAAUAAGUUGUACUAGUACAUAGUAAAUAUGACUACCUUCUUCCCAUUUGAUUGUCUUAUUUUAAAAUUGACACAAUUAUUAAUUAAUAAAGGGGUUGAG